AUGAAUCGAACACAUCGUGGCUCCGGCUCAGGCUCAGAGCUCCACGAUGCCCCGCCCAACUCUAAUCUGCACAGCGCAGACUCGGGUCUGCCCAAUGGUCACGACGACAAGAAGGAAGUCAUCGAUGCUGGCCUGAGGAGCCUGGACCACUACAGACAAACACUGCCAUCAUGGCGUUACGACCUCCGGCAAGCGAUGCUCCCUCUAAUCCGCUGGGAAACGCCCUACCUCGCAUACUUCCAGGACGCCGUGCGCACGCCCGCCCUCGAUAGCUAUUUCGCAAUCACGGCCAACCUCGGCACCCAUACUUUCUUCAUGAUCGGCCUGCCUAUCUUGUUCUGGUGUGGGUUUCCAGCGUUCGGCAAGGGCCUCGUACAUAUCCUGGCCGAAGGGGUGUUCUUUACGGGGUUUAUUAAGGACAUGUUCUCGCUGCCCCGGCCUCUGUCUCCUCCGCUGAACCGCAUUACCAUGUCAGGCUCAGCAGCCCUUGAGUACGGCUUUCCUUCCACACAUUCUGCAAACGCCGUCUCCGUUGCUGUGUAUGCUGUGCUGUGCCUGCGGUCUGGCGAGAGUACUCUCUCUCCCACGACGGCAUUACUGCUUGAACUAUUAGGUUACUUCUAUGCCGCGUCUAUCAUUAUCGGUCGUCUCUACUGCGGCAUGCAUGGAUUCCUCGAUGUCAUUAUUGGCUCUGCUAUGGGGGCUGUCAUAUCGUUCAUCGAGUUCUACUACGGCCCGCCGUUCGACGCAUACCUCCAAGCUAGUGGCUGGACCGCGCCGUUGCUUGUCGCCCUGGCUAUCAUCAUCCUCGUGCGCGUUCACCCUGAGCCCGCGGAUGACUGUCCGUGUUUCGAUGACUCGGUCGCGUUCGCUGGUGUCAUGAUAGGAUUGGAGGCCGGCCUGUGGCACCUGGGGGCCGGGAACCUGGACGGCCCCUUCCCGGGCCUCAGCUGGCCCAUGACGAUCGGGCGCAUUGUCUUCGGCGUACUGACGAUCAUAGCAUGGCGCGAGACCACGAAGCCCUUCCUGCUCAAGUCUCUGCCCUAUGUGUUCCGAUUCGUUGAGCGGCUAGGCGUAUCGCUUCCGCGACGCUUCUUUGUACCCGCUUCCGAAUACAAGAAUAUCCCCAACCUCCUCAGGCUACGCACAGACAACGUCUUGCCCACCAUGAGAGAUUUCCCGGGAUUCGUUAAGACGCUGAGGGCGCCGAUCAGGGGCCGGAGCGUGUCAAUCGGACCGCAAAGCGCGGCCGACGCGUAUGAGGCUCUGGCGUACAGGGAGCGCAGGCGGCGUGAGAGCAUCGGGUCCAACGGGAGCAUGAAGAGCCACGGCGACCUGCGCGAGAGGUUCCAGGCGGACGGGGCCGCGCUCUCCGCCGUGGGCAGUGAGGACAAGGACCAUCACCCCACGGGGAGGUCGACCGCCCUGGCAGAUUAUGAGCACCAGAUGGGCCACGGUGCCGCGCGCGUCGUAAUCACACGCCCGAGCACGGACCUGCGGAGGUCGCCUAGCCCCAGCACGCCUAUGGUGAGGGAGGAGCCGGAGGAGGUGCAGGGGGACACUAUCUUUCUGCAGCAGAACGAGGAGGAUGAGCUAGGUGAGAAGGAGAUGUUCUCGCGGCUGGUCAAGCCGAGAGUCAAGUAUGACGUCGAGGUUGUUACCAAGCUGGUGGUUUAUACAGGCAUCGCAUGGCUCGCUGUGGAGGGCAUACCUUCCCUGCAUGAGCUCUUGGGGCUUGGGAUUAGGCAUCUGCAGGUGAAAUAG